GUCCAAUAGCAACCAACUCCAAUAGAGUAAAACUACAUGCUCAAAUAAGUCAAACAUUGCUAAUUUGCAACCAGAUUAAAGAUAAAUCGGUCAUCAUUACAUGCAUACUAUUUCCUGUAGCAUGCAGUCCAACAUCCAUAGUCAUCUUAAGUAGCACACUAACCAGUUGAGGUCCAUCAACAGAAGUGGAAACGGACCUUUAAAAUGCAGGGUGUAGAGAUGCCAGGACAGUGUUCAAUUUUUGCUGCUCUGGAAGUUAAUCUCAUUAUGACACUUCUAUAACCUCUUUUUAAAAGCAUACUCUAUAAUAACAAGCCCGGUCCAAUGUCUAGCGGGUAUCUUCGCUUUGAGGGAGGAGUCAGCUAUCCCUCCACUCUUGGUACAUCCUUUUCAAGACCUGCAGCACUUGGGCCAAAUAAUGUAUAUGUCAGUAAGCCUAUCCCCCCCCAGCAGUCACGGUGGAAGGACACGGCCAAGGCUUGCACUGAGCAUCUCAAAAAGGGUUUAUUGCCUCUCAAAACGAAGACACCACACUCAAGUAUAAGAAGGACUGUGGGUAGAAGGAGCAGAGAGGAGAGAGAACAAUAGCAGAGAACCAUCUGAAAAUCUGGCAAAACUGCUAUCCAUAGUAAGAUGAAAUUCUUCAAGAAAACUAAAGACGAGGAGCCAACUGCUCCAGGGCAGGUGGCAAUCAAAAAGAGAUCCAGAGUCCCUGGGGUCAUGAUUACACAGUUUGUGGAGGAGCUUCCUGUGGGCAUGACCACCCCUGAUUUCACCCUCAAACCCAUCGCUUUGACUAUUCAGGAAGGGAAAUGUGCUGUUUUCAAAGCAAUUGUGUCUGGUAAUCCGACACCAAGUGUGCAUUGGACAAGAAGUAAUGGAGAAGUAACAGAACCAGAGAGAUACAAAAUGGUAUCUGAUCCAGCCACGCCUUAUGAGCACUACAUAGAGAUGCCGGAAGUAUCUCCAGAACAAGCUGAUACCUACAAAUGCUUUGCCACCAAUGAGUAUGGAAAAGCUGUGGUCACCGCUAACCUCAAUGUAAUUGAAAUGGGUUAUAAGAAGGGCAAGGCUAUGAAAGAUGCACGAGCAGCUGCUGUGAAGCCACCUGAAGAUUUCAAAAAUCUCCUAACAAAAGCGGUUGUAGAAUCAGACAAAGAUGACAAAAAAGAGGGAGAAAUCGAUCCAAGGUUUUGGGAUGUGUUGAUGAGUGCCGACAAGAAAGACUAUGAGAAAAUCUGUGCUGAGUUUGGAGUCACUAACUUCCGCUGGAUGCUGAAGACACUGAAUGCGAAGAAGGUUGAGAGGGAGGAAGAACAAGCAAAGUAUGUUGAAAAGCUCAGCAAUCUGAAACACAUUGAAGUAAAACCUGGUGGAGGUGCAGAGUUUGAAUUUGAGAUGUCGCUUAAAGACCCCAACGUCAAGAUCUUCCUGUUCAAGAAUGGAGUAAUGGUUCCGUUCAGUGUCGAAACAGAAGAGAAGCAUUUUCUGAAGAAAACGGGAAGAAAAUUUACAUUUGGCAUUAAGGAUCUUGCUGGAGAUGAUGAAGGAUUGUACCAAGUGAUGGUGGAGGGGGUACUUAUCUUCUCAACUGACUUCAAAGUUCCAAUGGUGGAUUUCCUGGUCAAAAUUCAGGAAGUGAAGGCCACGGAGAGAGAGGAUGCCGUGUUUGAAUGUGUCCUGUCAUCACCCAUGUCAAAGAUUCAAUGGACGGGGAGGAAUCAACCGUGUGAACAAGGGGACAAGUUUGACAUUGAAGUGUCAGAGGACAUGCUCAUUCAUACCUUGGUUGUGAAGGACUGUGCGAAACUGGAUGGUGGUAUCUAUUCAGUAUGUGCAGGGAUCAAGUCUUGCAAUGCCUUUCUUGUUGUGGAGGUUGAUAGCGAUCCAGCCACCAAGGGGAAAAAGAAAGUCCGCAAAACAACUCGAGCUGGUGGGGGAGAGGUAGACUUGGCUAAAAUAGCUGCAGAGCAGAAAGCUAAGCUGGACAAAGAGAGAGAUGAGAGAAUGGAGUUGGCGAAGCAGAUUAAGGCAGACAUGGACGCUAAGGCAGCAGGAGCGCCAGAACCAGAGCCGGAGAACAAGGACGAGAAGGAAGAGCCUGAGCCUGUGGAAGAGAAUAUGGAAGAGCUUGGAGAUGAAGAGAUACCAGUUGAAAAGAAGAAGAAAGAGCCUGGAGACGAAGAGAUACCAUUUGAGGAGAAUAACAAAGAGCCUGGAGACGAAGACACACCAGUUGAAAAGAAGAAGAAAGAGCCUGGAGACGAAGAGAUACCAUUUGAGGAGAAUAACAAAGAGCCUGGAGACGAAGACACACCAGUUGAAAAGAAGAAGAAAAGAGGGAGAACAGGUCCACUGAUCCCAGACACCAUCAUAGACCCAGGAGUGCACUUUACCAGUGGAUUGUCAGACAUCAGUGUUAAUAUGGGCAACAGAGGUGAACUGGAGUGUAAACUGAGCAGUGAAAACUGUGAAGGAAUCUGGUACAAAGAUGGAGACGAGAUAGAAGCAUCAGAUGAUAUUGAGAUGAAACAUGAUGGGGCCUUUCACAGGCUUAUACUGAAGAACUGCAAGGAGGAAGAUUCUGGCAAAUACCGAUUUGAAGCUGAUGGACGUAAAACAGAGUCCAUGCUCAUUGUAGAGGAUCCACCCAGAGUAAACCCAGAUGACCUGGCUGAUUUCUCAAAGCCCGUCAUAAUAAAGGUUGGCCAGAGCGCUACCUUCAAGCUGUCUUUUAUGGGUCGUGACCCAAUGAAGAUCUAUUGGUACAACGAAGGUGAGGAGUUGGUGGAGGACAAACACAUCAAUAUUGAGAAGUCGCUCACACACAGUCGCCUCCUCCUCAGCAAGUGCCAGCGGAAAGCCACAGGAGAAAUCAAGAUCAAGAUCAAAAAUGAAUGUGGAACCAUUGAGGGCAUAUCCAGGUUGAUUGUGCUGGACAGACCAAGCCCUGCCCUAGGACCUGUGGAGAUAAUUGAAGCUUCUUCGGCUGUACUUGACUUUAAAUGGAGGCCUCCCAAAGACAAUGGUGGCUCUCCUGUGAUCAACUACAUCCUGGAACGACAGCAGCUGGGCCGUAACUCCUGGAUGAAGCUGGGUCAGAUCCCUGGAGAGCCCAAAUACAGGGACACCGAUGUAGACCAUGGAAGGAAGUACUGCUACCAUAUCAGGGCUGUGACUGAGCAGGGCAUAAGUGAAAUGAUGGAGACAGAUGACAUCCAGGCCGGUACAAGAGCAUAUCCCGGACAACCUUCCUCACCCAAAGUGAUCAGUGCCUUUGCAAACUGCAUCAAUCUGGAAUGGGUUCCCCCUUCCAACACUGGAGGAACUAAUAUUCUAGGUUACCAUCUGGAGAAACGCAAGAAGGGCAGCAAUCUAUGGGGUUCAAUCAACAAUGUGAAAGAGCCAAUCAAAGGUCAAGGGAUUGCAGUGAAAGACGUUAUUGAGGGAAUAGAGUAUGAGUUCCGUGUUGCAGCUAUCAACAUAUCUGGUGCUGGAGAGCCAAGUACCCCCUCUGAAUUUGUUAUUGCAAGAGACCCAAAGAAGCCCCCCGGUCAAAUCAAUGACCUGAAGGUGACAGACUCCACCUACACCACCUUGUCCCUGGGUUGGACUAAACCCAUAGAGGAGGAAGGGGUCCAAGAUGAAGCCAAGGGAUACUUUGUGGAGAUCAGACCAGCAGCAAACCCAGAGUGGGACCGCUGUAACAAUAACCCCAUCAUCAUUACCUCCUAUAACAUUUUGGGUCUUAAGUCAAUGGCCAUGUACUGGGUGAGAGUGAUUGCCACCAACGACGGGGGAGAAGGGGAGCCCAAAGGCUUGGACAACUACAUCAUUGCAAUGCCCCCCCCAGUGAGACCACAUUUCACUGAUCGCAAAAUGAAGAGCUUCAUGGUUGUGAGAGCCGGGAAUUCUGCUCGAAUCAACAUCAACUUUGUGGCUUCUCCUAUGCCAAACAUAACGUGGCUAAAGGAUGGGAUGCCAGUAUCAAAACUUGUAACAAUUAGCAACUCCGAUAAUACAUCCCAGCUCCUAAUCUCCACAUCUGAGCGUCCCGACACAGGAAUCUACACCAUCAUUGUCAAGAACAUGGUUGGUCAGGAGACCUUCAGUAUCGAGAUCAGAGUCACAGAUGAUCCCAAGCCUCCCGGCCCAGCGGAAUUGGAACAGAAUGUUCCUGGAACAGUGACUGUGACCUGGACUCCCUCCCCAGAUGAGAGGAGGGACGACAGGCUGCACUACAUAGUGUCCAGACGAGACUCCGUCAAGCGAAUGUGGCAAACUGUAGCAGACCACCUCUUCAACAACAAGUUCACAGCCCUCAACAUCAUGGCUGGACGAGAGUACUACUUCCGUGUCUACGCCAAAAAUGACAUGGGUCUCUCUGAGCCUUCUGAGUCGCCAACCUGGGGAGUGACCAAGAAAAAAGAUAAGUUCUCAAUGGCUUUCAGCUCAUUCAAGAGCCUCAACUUUGAGUCAGCGCCAUCAUUCUUAGUUCCACUGAAAACGCACAGCACCCCUGAGAGCUACGAGUGCUACAUGAGCUGUGCUGUCAGAGGGGACCCAACACCUCAUGUCACAUGGUACCGCAACAAUAUCAGCCUCAACACCAACACCAACUAUCUCAUCACCAACACCUGUGGGGUCUGCUCCAUGCUUAUACUGAGGGUUGGAACCAAGGACACUGGAGAGUACAAAGUCAUCGCAGACAAUGCCUUGGGCAGGGCAGAGUGCUCCACCAAACUCACAGUCAACGAGUGAAGUGGUUCCACAGUCCUCCAGUUCUGCUUCGCAAAGACUGUCAGAUUGCCCAGAGCAACCAGAAACACUGCAGAGAGCUGAAAUGGAUGUGUGUUGAUUAUAUCCUUAGAGAGUAGGCAUGUUCUUUAGUCAUCUGGUAAAAGAAGAAUAUCAAUAGUGGUUUAAGAUACAGUAGUGUGUUGAAAGAGAUUAUGUAAUGACUUAUUCAUACUGUAAAUAGGCCUGCAAUGAGUUUUUCCAACUUUUGUUUGACAGAAACUUGACAAUCCAAUCCCAGAUGUGUUCUCUUGUUGACUCUCAAAACUUAAGAGAGACAGAGGCAACAGAAAGGAUUCCUAUAAUUUAAGACGGAUGCAAUUUGAAAUCAAUAUUCCAUAGGCCACUCACAUGGUGUCCAUUGCCUAGGCUGUCCACUGUGAACCCCCCCCCCCCCCCCCCCCCUUCCAUAAAAUCGUCCAUGGGUGCACACACCCUGGUAAUGUUUUGCCAACUGUUACACAGCUUCACAUACCUCUUUUACUGCUAGCAUGCAGUCGUGUUCUUUCGGGGGAUAUUGAGAGUUUAAAAUGGAAGGUAAUAAAUUAGAAGAAUUCAUAGGCAUGACUGAGUUUGACCUUAUGUACAUUUGGUCCUGGGCUGGUUUCAAGUUUCAGGAAGUGUAAACUUUCUACAUGACAAUGCAUGGUUCUGUAGUGAUUAAGCGGACAAUAAUUAUUUUAUAGCAUAACAAUGUAACAGGCUUUGACAUUUACAAGCAUACAAACUGGUGGACAAGAAUAAGUUCACUGUAUUUACACUGUAUUUUACAGUUGUUUUAAAUACAGUAAAUACAGUAAUACAGUAAUGCAACAUUAUUAAAAGUUAAGGUGAUUCCUGGAAAUGUAAGUCAAAUUCCUAAUAGUGAAAGCAAGUUAUUCUAACUGUCGGCUAUUUGAGAUUCAGUGUACUGUCAAUCGGAUUUUGAACCUAAUAACUUUAAAUAAUUUUGCCUGCAUUUAAGUAAGUAGCAACAACUGGUUAUAGGCUUCCUCCCUUUCCUUUCUUUGUUUGGUAAAAAUAUGUAAACAACUGGAUGGAAAAUGCAAUGGACAGGAAAUGUGGGGUGUGAGUUGAUGCAGAAUUGUUUUGUGAAGGAAUACUUAUUAGCCCUUGACCCUGUGUGGCCCCUGAAGUAAAUGCCUUCUGGAAUGUCAACCUUCUCAGCUCAGCUUCCCAUGCCUGUGUUCGGUCAACCUUCCUGUGUCAAACACCAACUUUUAUUUUGUCGCCUGAAAUAUCCACAACACACAGUCAAUUGUGCUUGGACCAAGCAUAACUGUGUCAUUGCUAAGAAUACAAUAAAGAAUAAAGAAUGACUCCUAGUGGUUUUAAGUUCCAACCAG